UGCAUCAUGCUCACAGGCUGAUCUGCACAGCGGAGCAGGGACAAAGGCGGCAGCGGGUGGGCUUGCGCCGGGCUGCCUGGGGAGAACAAAGGCAGCCAAGGCUCGGCUCAGAUUUCUAACCAUAGAGACACAACAUGCCAGACGGACCAGAUAGAAGACUAGCGUCGUCCGCUCACCGGAAGUGUCCGCCACAGCUGCGCCCGCGCGUGAAGUAGGAACGUAAAACAACAGGGUAUGGACAGUGUCGAGGGGGAAAGGAGAUAGAAACGCACUCAAUCAUGGAGGAGCCUCCUGAACCAGCUCCCGCCAGCCGGGCCUCGAGCCCGGAGGGAGGAGAUACCAGAGAAGUUUCUGAGCCACUCCUGGGAGCAGGGGCAGGAAUGGAAGAGCCUGCAGCUCCCACAGUACCCCACGAGGUGGCAGCCGAGGCCUGUGAGGGGGCCGAGGCGGCGGCGGCGCCCGUGCUGCCAUGGCGCAGCGUCCCGGUGCGCAGGGUCUACCCGGCCUCGGGGGUUCCGGGCCCAACCCCCUUCCGGCCGUCACGUGUGAGGCCCGCCCAGGCCUCCGGGGGAGGGGCGGGGCGCCGGCCCCUGCCGGGCCGCAGCGGAGGCAGCUGGACCAAGCAAGUCCUCUGUAGGUAUUUCCAACAUGGUCUGUGCAAGGAGGGGGAGCAUUGUCGCUACUCCCACGACCCGGCGGGCCACGCGGAGGCCCAGACCCGGGCGCUACUUCCGGCCGCUGCAGCCCGAGGCCCUGGCACAGCUGCGCUUGCGCUCUCGGAGCCCCAGGCCCAGGAAGUGGCGGAAGCCCCCCUGGCCGCGCGCGCGGCCUCCUCGCUUCCCAUUGGCCAGGCGGCGCGCGGGGGCUGCUUUGAAGCCCAGACAGACAAUGCGGGCGGCCCCGCGGCGGCGGCUGCAGCGGCGGCGGCGGCGGGUGGAGGAGCAGGUGCACCAGGCUGGGAGGAUGCUGUGGAGUUUGUACCUGGGCAACCCUACUGGGGGCGCCUGGUGCUGGCUUUCCCCGAGACUCCUCCCCAGGGCUUGGUGACUGUAUGGCCGCCUGCGGUCAUGGGCCAGGGGGAGCGGCUGUGCCGGGAUGCUGCCAUGGGGCAGUGCUUCCGUGGGGCGAGCUGCAUGUAUCUCCACGGAGACAUAUGCGAUAUGUGUGGGCUGCAGGUCUUGCACCCCGGGGAUACUGUGCAGAGGGAGGCCCAUAUCAAGGCCUGCAUUGAAGUGCACGAGAAGGAUAUGGAACUCUCAUUUGCCGUGCAGCGUAGUAUGGACAAGUUGUGUGGCAUCUGCAUGGAGAUUAUCUUUGAGAGAGCCAAAUCCACCGACUGUCGCUUUGGCAUCCUCUCCAACUGCAACCACACCUUCUGUCUUAAGUGUAUCCGCAGGUGGAGAACGUCCAAACAGUUUGAGAACAGGAUCAUCAAGUCCUGCCCUCAGUGCAGGGUGCCCUCCAGCUUUGUCAUCCCCAGUGAGUUCUGGGUGGAGGAGGAGAAUGAGAAACAGAAGCUGAUUGAGCAGUACAAGGAGGCAAUGAGCAACAAGACCUGCAGGUAUUUUGCUCUAGGCAGUAGUUGCUGCCCAUUUGGAAAGAAGUGUUUUUACAAGCAUGCAAAGCCCGUGGGCCAGGGAGAGGAGGAACCUCAGAGGCAGAGUGCUGAGGCUUCCAGCUCUCAGAGCGAUCCAGUUGUGGAGCCUGCUGAGUCUGCUGAGUCCGCUGAGCCUGCGCAGGUGGGAGAGUGCUACACGCCCUUUAAAGGCCAUAACAAAGAGUGUAUCAUGCUUCUGCUGGCCAAUUUGUUGUGUAAGCGCUUUCUUUCACGGGGAGAUAAUCCAUCCUCCUGCUCAGAGGAUCAGUUUGACUGGCUUCAUUAUGAGCUGGAAGAAUCUUUUGGCUUGACCCAUGGCAUUGCUUUGGCAUGUGGUCUGGUGUGCUAUUGCUUGUUUUCCGUUCAUAGACGCAUCCAUCACUUGCAGGGGCCGUUGAAACCAUCUCUUUGGCACAUCCAUCUCUGGUUUUUUGGUUUUGUUUUCUGCGCAUCCCCAUUUCCUACCUUCUAGGAUCAUGGUGUUUCGCUGAUUUUUUUUUUUUUAAGUCCUUAUUGCUUGGUACAAUGACUGACUGUCAGUUUAUGGUUUAUCUUGUCAUCUCUGUUUUCAACAGGAGUGAUUCAGUUCUAGUCUAGUGUUUACAGAAUUUCCACAAUCAUUUUGAAGUCCCUCAAGAAUAAAUGUGGCAGGGUGAAGGGAGAAGUCUUAACUGAACAAGGAGCUUUUUGCUACUACAGCCUUAAGAAAUGGACCCUGAGGGCCUUUGUGGUACAGCCAGCUGCUCAUCUUUGUUGUUUACAUGUCUGUUUAUUCUCUCAUCCCAAGUGCACUUUUUAACUUGUUCCCUUGUGGUUUUCUUCCCUCAUUCCCCUCAAGUGCACUUUUUGACUGUGGUUACCUUGUGGUUUCGUGUUUUACUUGACCAGAACCAGGUGUAUAUGUUUACAUGGUUUUUUUUUUUUUUUUACCGUGUUUUGCUUGCUGUGAAGUUAUCUAUAAUUGGAAGUAUAUAUUUAAGAAUUAUAUAGGUCCAUGUGCUUGUGAAUGUGUAUGGAAGUUAAUGUAUUUGAAAUAUAUUUAAAGAGAUACCUCAUAAUAGAUACCAUUAUGUGACAAAAUGAAUACAGAACUGGAAGCUUACUGUCAAAGGCUAAUAGGAUUUUCCUCUUGUGUGCAUAAGAA